AUGCCCUCUGUGUCAAUGGGAGGCCUCCAGUUACCAACCAUGUCGUCCCUGCUCUCCCUCUACGCCUCCCUCUCCGCCGUCAUCAUGAUCGUCCGCACGAUCCUCAACGACAUGAUCCCCGAAUCGAUUCGUGACUUCAUCUCCCGGAAGGCCUCCGACUUCUUCUCUUCCUAUUUCUCCAGAGACUUCACAUUUCUGAUAGAGGACCACUGGGAGGCCGUCGAGAACGAGACCUUCCGCGCUGUCCAAGCUUACCUCCCGACCAAGGUCGGGCCCGACACGAGCUGCCUCCUCCUCGGCCACAACGACAACAACAACCUCCUCGCGGUGGCUCAGCCGGGAGUCUCCGUCUACACCAGAAUCGUCGACCACUUCCAAGGUAUGAAGCUGGAGUGGACGCUGAACGAGAAGGAGGAGAAGUACAACUCGACUUACUACAUUCCGAAAAACCAAUGGUUCCAGCUCCGGUGCAAGAGGAGCGAUAAAGAGAGAGUGAUGGACAGCUAUAUCCCUCACAUUUGCAGGACCGCGGAGAAGAUCUUCUACGAUCGGGAGAUUCUCAGCAUCUACACCUACAAUCAGGAGGAGUCCAAUUGGGAAUCCACCGUUUUCAAGCACCCGGCAACAUUCGAGACUCUGGCUAUGGAGCCAGAGCAGAAACAGGGGAUUAUUGAUGAUCUCGAUCUCUUUGUCCGGCGGAAGGAAUACUUCCGGACCGUGGGGAGAGCGUGGAAGAGGGGUUACCUCCUUUGGGGGCCGCCGGGGACUGGGAAAUCAACCCUUGUGGCUGCCAUCGCAAAUCACCUCAGGUUCCACGUCUACGAUCUUCAGCUUCAGGGUGUUCGCAGUGACUUCGAGCUUCGUAGAGUCCUCACUUCCACUACAAAUCGCUCCAUUCUCCUGAUUGAGGAUGUGGAUUGCAGCUCCAACUCCACGGAGCCUCGUUCUAGCGAUGAAAUUACGAAUGAUGAUGAGAAUGGCCCUGAUGUCAAGAAGCGCUCUGCUUCUGAUAAAGGGGUGACACUAUCUGGGUUGCUGAAUUUCAUCGACGGGUUGUGGUCGAGCUGCGGGGAUGAGAGGAUAAUCAUCUUCACGACGAACCACAAGGAGAAGUUGGAUCCGGCACUGCUCCGGCCGGGAAGAAUGGAUGUUCAUGUCUAUAUGGGCCAUUGCACAGCUGCAGGGUUCAAGUUGCUGGCUGGAAAAUACCUGGGGAUUGAGGACCAUGAGCUUUUCAAGAGAAUUGAGGAUUUGAUGCGCAAGUUUCCGGCUACUCCGGCCGAAGUUGCGCAGCAGCUCAUGAUAUCCGGCAAACCGGAGGUUGCUCUGGACGGGCUGGUCGAGUUCUUGAAGGGAAAGGAAGUGGAUCGGAUCGAGAAAAUCGGAGGGGAAGAAGAGUCGAAGAGCAAGAAUUUAUGGUGUCUCAUGAGGAAAUGGAAGAACAAGAAGAAGAAGAAAAAGACGCCAUUGGUAGCAGAAGAAUAA